AUGCGUACCAUCGUUUCCACGACAGUGAGGCUAUACACACCACCAGCACCAUCUCUACCAUCACCCAAGGAAGAGCCAAGUGUUGACGAUUUUAUGGCAGGGCUGACGACAUUUAACUUGGGCACGACGGAAAGAGAGAGGAAGCAGAAGGAGGGUGUCAUGUUGCCGCAUCUCAGUGCGCAGGAUUUGGGUGGGGAGAUGGAGGAGAAGGGAGAUGAGGGAACCGGAGGAUCCGGAUGA